AUGUUGGCCAGGAAGAGCAUCAUCCCCGAGGAGUAUGUGCUGGCUCGCAUCGCCGCCGAGAACCUGCGCAAACCGCGCAUCCGCGACCGCCUCCCCAAAGCCCGCUUCAUUGCCAAGAGCGGAGCCUGCAACCUGGCUCACAAGAACAUCCGCGAACAGGGGCGUUUCCUGCAGGACAUCUUCACCACCUUGGUCGACCUGAAGUGGCGUCACACCCUGGUCAUCUUCACCAUGUCCUUCCUCUGCAGCUGGUUGCUCUUCGCUAUCAUGUGGUGGCUGGUGGCCUUCGCCCACGGGGACAUCUAUGCUUACAUGGAGAAAAGCGCCAUGGAGAAGAGUGGCCUGGAGUCCACUGUCUGUGUGACCAACGUCAGGUCGUUCACUUCUGCCUUCCUAUUCUCCAUUGAGGUUCAAGUGACCAUCGGAUUUGGAGGGAGAAUGAUGACUGAGGAAUGCCCUCUGGCCAUCACGGUUUUGAUUCUACAGAACAUCGUGGGUCUGAUCAUCAAUGCGGUCAUGUUGGGCUGCAUCUUCAUGAAAACGGCUCAAGCCCACAGAAGGGCAGAGACUCUGAUUUUCAGCCGCCAUGCUGUGAUCGCGGUCCGCAAUGGCAAGCUGUGCUUCAUGUUCCGGGUGGGUGACCUGAGGAAGAGCAUGAUCAUCAGUGCCUCAGUGCGCAUCCAGGUAGUCAAGAAAACGACGACGCCGGAAGGGGAGGUGGUCCCUAUUCACCAGCUGGACAUCCCGGUGGACAAUCCCAUUGAGAGCAAUAACAUCUUCCUAGUGGCGCCUCUGAUCAUCUGCCAUGUGAUUGACAAGCGCAGCCCCCUGUAUGAUAUCUCGGCAACUGACCUUGUCAAUCAAGACUUGGAGGUCAUAGUGAUUCUGGAGGGUGUGGUGGAAACCACUGGCAUCACCACACAAGCGCGGACCUCCUACAUUGCUGAGGAGAUCCAGUGGGGACACCGCUUCGUGUCGAUUGUGACCGAGGAGGAGGGAGUUUACUCUGUGGACUAUUCCAAAUUUGGUAAUACUGUGAAGGUGGCGGCCCCAAGAUGCAGUGCCCGGGAGCUGGAUGAGAAGCCUUCUAUCCUGAUUCAGACCCUCCAAAAGAGUGAACUGUCACACCAGAAUUCUCUGAGGAAGCGCAACUCCAUGAGAAGGAACAACUCCAUGAGGAGAAGCAACUCCAUCCGAAGGAAUAACUCUUCCCUCAUGGUGCCUAAGGUGCAGUUCAUGACUCCAGAAGGAAACCAGUGCCCAUCGGAAUCAUGA